AUGGAGAAUAUGGGUCCAAGAUCGCCGGAGAUGGGGAAAAAGACGUUGGAUCUCACUGGAGAUAGGGAAUUACGAGUUGGAGAAGGGAGGAAAAAAUAUGGGUGCCAGUUCACUUCAAAAUACCAAGGAGGGCAGCUUCUUCCAUCAGCAUUCCGACACCAGCUCGGCGGCUCGCCUUUGCCGUGGUUCCUCGCCGCCGCCGGGGAGGAGGAGGAAGAGGAGGAGGAGAAGAUGGACAUGCUGUGGGAGGACUUCAACGAGGAGCUCGCGAGCGUGCCGCCGCUGUGCCCGCUGAGCCCCGCGAUCAACAAGGCAGCGCUGGCGAUGAAGGAGGCGGCCGGCGGUUGGCUCGGCGACGAUGACGAGAUGAUCGUCGUCGACCUGGAGAAGCAGGGCAAGCAUCCCCGCCCACAGCCACAGGACGGCAGGGUGGUCCGGCGCCGGAAGUGGAGCCUGAGGCUGAUGCUCAGGCUCCUCAAGAAGCUGUUCCUGGUCAAGAAGUCCAGGAACCCGAGAACUGCACCUGCACCCAUCUCAUCUGAUCUGAUCUGA